AUGGUUCAGAAGUGUAUAAAAUAUCUUCAACAUAAUCCAUACGCUUAUUUUUUCCGCAGUUUGAAGAAUAUUGGAGACUUGGAUACUUAUAAGAUUGUUCUUAAAACUGUUGCUGUUCAAGACCAAAGAGUCUAUAAUAAACCCGAUGUGUCACAGGUUGCUGCAAUUUGGGUAGACGGUGAAGAUAAUGGGGAGUGUGGUCCAAGAGAUAUCCGAGUUACAACCCAUGAAGCUGACUCUAGAAAUAUAAAGUAUUUUUAUGGCUGUUAUGAUCCUCUGCAGUAUCCUUUAAUGUUUCCUUUAGGAGAACUAGGCUGGCAUCAAGUGCUUGGAAGAAACGCAGAUAACCCCAGGGUUGUAUCUGUUAGAGAGUAUUAUGCUUAUAAGCUUCAGAUAAAGCAUGAUGACACAACUUUUUUACUCUAUUUUGGUAGAUUACUACAACAAUAUAUAGUUGACAGCUAUGUUAAAUUAGAAACACAAAGACUAGAUUUUUUUAGGACACAGCAGGAAGAACUAAGACAAGAAUUCUUGCAAGGAGUUGUGGAUGCAAUGGCAAAAGGGGAAUAA